AUGUUUACUCAACCAAUUGCUGCUAUUAGUCCAAUGAAUAGUUGGAAUAGAGAUUAUCAAACUAUUGCUUAUGGUAAUUAUGGUUAUGGAAUUUAUACACAAGAUGUUGAACUCUAUCGAAAUCCAUAUACAGGACGAGUUAAUGUUGAACGUGAAGUUGAUUUUGUUCCAAUAGUUAACUCUGCAAUAGCAACAUGUAAUUUCACUGCAUGCAAUUCUCAACGAAUUGCAUGUUCAUCGAAUCCUGACUGCGAUUGUUUUUCAUUAACAUCCAAUCCGAAUACAGGAAUUUGUGCUUCAACUAUUUUUUCCUGUUCAAAUUUUGUACGAUGUAACAUGAAUAAUAUAACUUGCUCAAUUGAGAGCACAAUCUGUGUGAAUAGUACACGAUGUGGUCAACCAAUAUGUUACCCAUUCCCUAUGGCAAAUAAACAGAUUUGUCCACCAAAGACUGUUACAAGUAGAGAAGAUUUUUAG